UUAAUUGUUAGACUUCUCGUUUAUCUAUUAAAUUACUUAAUCGUUUCAUUUGUCAUAUUAAUAUUAGUUAACGUAGUUAAUUGUUUCAUUUGUGAUAUUAAUAUUAGUUAAAGUAGUUAAUUGUUUCAUUUGUCAUAUUAAUAUUAGUUAAAGUAGUUAAAGUUAAUUGUUUCAUUUGUCAUAUUAAUAUUAGUUAAACUACUUAAUUGUUACAUUUCUCAUAUUAAUAUUAGUUAAUUGCUACAUUGCUCAUUAAAGUUAAAAAAAGUAGUUAAUUUUUACAUUUCUCAUAUUAGUUAAUUGCUACAUUUCUCAUUAAAGUAAAAAAAAGUAGUUAAUUUUUACAUUUCUCAUAUUAGUUAAUUGCUACAUUUCUCAUUAAAGUACAAAAAAAGUAGUUAAUUUUUACAUUUCUCAUAUUAGUUAAUUGGAGGUAGUGAAGGGGGGAAUUAAAUUGAUUUGGGCUAGCACUCCACUAAAAAUGCAAUGGCGGCAAUAUUUGAAGGAUAGACGUGUCAAUUAUUGUGCUUUUCCUAAAGAUUUGUCUAUUCGUUGGAAUAGUACUUAUAAUUUAAUUCAAGUACUUAUUAGAUAUAAAGAUCAUUUUCCAGCUUUUUUAAGACAAAUUUGUAACUAUAUUAUAAACCCGGCUGACAUCGACACUUGUGAAAAAAUUGUUAAUGUUUUGGCAUAUUUUAAUAACGCAACUCAAACUUUUAGUCAUGUUUAUAAAUCUACCGCAAACGAAUUUUUUGUUGAAGCUGUUAAUCUCGUCGGCGCUUUUUGUGAAUUUUCUGAAGCCACUUACGUUAGUUAUUUUUGUGAUUUCAUGAAACAAAAGUGUUUAAAAUAUUAUUCACAUAUUCCGCAUAUAUAUGGUAUUGCAUUUGUUCUUGAUCCUCGUUAUAAACUUGCUUACUUGGCAAAUUGUAUAGAUUACUAUUAUGCUUCUUUUUUUCCAACUCAAGAGUUCGAUGAUAAUCUCAUCGACCCUAAACAAGAAUUCAACGAGGUUAGUAAUUUAUUUCAUCAAUUGUAUAAUGAAUUUCAUGCACAAUAUGGUAAUGCACCCCCUCCCAUGCAACGAACAUCUUCUUCAUCUAAAGGAAAUUCACUUUUAAAAUCCGCUUUUGGUUCUCUUUUGAAAAAAAGUAGAGCAACUCCCGCUACUGAACAAAGCUCAGGUAACGAGCUUUCUUUGUAUCUAACAUUGAAUGUUGAUUAUGAAGUUGGUGAUGACUUUGACGUUCUUAAGUGGUGGAAGGAAAAUGAAAGAACGUUCCCGAUUUUAUCAAAGAUGACUAAGCAAGUGCUAGCAAUGCCGAUAUCAACCAUUGCCGUGGAACACGAAUUUAGUGCGGCCGACAACGUCCUAACCGAUUAAAGAACGAGGUUGAGACCGAGCUCUCUUGAGACACUAGUUUGCUUUCACGAUUGGUUGGAGGCCCAACGAAGAACUCAAGAAAUUACCAUCGCUCCCACCCGCCACUUUAUGGAGGAAACAACCGAAGGCGGAGAUUCCGGUUGAUUUUUUUUUACAAAAUGUAUUACAUUUUUUAAAUUCAUUCUAAUUCUCAAUUGUACUUCUUAUUUGAAAUAAAUAUACUU